GGAAAGUCACUGAUCGGCCCGUUCCGUGUUUAACUCGUCGAUCACUUAUUGCGUUAUUUUGGUGCGUUCCUCAUAGAGAGUGGAGUACUUAUUACUGUUGUUGCUGAAGACAUGUCGAGUUCUGGGAAGCACAGGUCUCAUGGCGGGUCUUCUCGUCAUGUUAAGCGUGAGCGAUUGGUAGUAUUAGAUGACGACGAUGAAGUAGUUCCAGUUAAAAUGCCAAUGUACCACUGGACAGGUGAAGAUCGGCGAAGCAGACAUUGUCCUUAUCUUGACACCAUUAACAGGAGCCUGCUGGACUUCGAUUUUGAAAAACUCUGUUCUAUUUCCCUAUCCCACAUAAAUGUCUAUGCGUGUCUUGUCUGUGGAAAAUAUUUUCAAGGCCGUGGUUUGAAAUCUCAUGCUUACAUUCACAGUGUGCAAUUCAGUCAUCAUGUGUUCUUGAACCUGCACACACUAAAGUUUUACUGCCUGCCGGACAACUAUGAGAUUAUUGACUCUUCCUUGGAGGAUAUCACGUAUGUUUUGAAGCCUACUUUUACUAAGCAGCACAUCCUUAACUUGGACAAACAGGCAAAACUUUGCAGAGCGUAUGAUGGCACCACAUAUUUACCUGGGAUUGUGGGACUGAACAAUAUCAAGGCCAAUGACUAUGCUAAUGCUGUGUUACAGGCCUUGUCGAAUGUUCCGCCUCUAAGGAACUAUUUUCUGGAGGAGGGUAACUACAAGAAUAUUAAGCGGCCUCCUGGAGACAUCAUGUUCCUUUUGGUCCAGCGUUUUGGAGAGUUGAUGAGGAAACUGUGGAAUCCAAGGAACUUUAAAGCUCAUGUAUCCCCUCAUGAGAUGUUGCAGGCAGUUGUCCUCUGCAGCAAGAAGAACUUUCAAAUUACCAAGCAAGGGGAUGCUGUUGAUUUUCUAUCCUGGUUCCUCAAUGCUCUACAUUUAGCUCUGGGAGGCAGCAAGUUAAAGAAAAAGACAAUUAUUACAGAAGUAUUCCAGGGCUCUAUGAAGAUAUUCUCCAAGAAACUGCCACAUCCAGACUUGCCAGCAGAAGAGAAGGAGCAGUUACUACAAAACGAAGAGUACAGAGAGACCAUGUCAGAAUCCACCUUCAUGUAUUUGACACUGGAUUUGCCCACAGCUCCACUGUACAAGGAUGAGAAGGAGCAACUUAUUAUCCCUCAAGUUCCCCUCUUUAAUAUCCUGGCCAAGUUUAAUGGCAUUACAGAAAAGGAAUAUAAAACUUACAAAGAGAAUUUUCUGAAGAGGUUCCAGCUGACCAAACUUCCUCCAUACCUCAUCUUUUACAUCAAAAGGUUUACAAAAAACAACUUUUUUGUGGAGAAAAACCCAACCAUCGUCAACUUCCCUAUCACUAAUGUUGAUCUGCGAGAGUACUUGUCAGAGGAAGUGCAGGCUGCUCACAAUCAAACAACUUACGACCUCAUUGCUAAUGUAGUACAUGAUGGAAAACCAACCGAAGGAUGCUACAGAAUACAUGUUUUACAUCACGGAACAGGGAAAUGGUAUGAACUACAGGAUCUUCAGGUUACAGACAUUCUACCACAGAUGAUCACAUUGUCAGAAGCAUACAUUCAGAUCUGGAAGAGAAGAGACGAUGCUAAUAAUGAAAUCCAUCGACAGGGAGCAUGAGGAGAGCAUUACACAGUUCACUUUCUAGAGAGGAGGCAAAAUCGAGCACCAUCACAUUUAACUCAUGUACUUGAGUGUGUUCGCAAUUUUUGAGGGAGGGAUUGCAGAUCAUGUUCAUUUCUGUGCGGGUGUGAUGUCUUCAGUGGAUUUUCAUUUUCCCCCUUGUAAAAAAAAAUGUUCUUGGUGCCAGGACGUGCUAUCAUAUGGACACAGUUACAUAUAUACUAAUAAGCUGGCAGUUGCUAAAGACAUAGUAAAAAGUAAACAUUCACCUUGUUCUCUAAGCUGAUGACAUUGUGAUGCCUAUUAUGAGCAGUCUUACAAGUUUAAUUUUCCACAAAGUGGCCAGGACAACAGUAAAAGUAGGACCAUUGUAUAUGCUGAUCAGUGGCAUUAUAAAUGUGAAACACUUUGCAGGUUUGAGUUUUUACAAGAUAUGGCUCCCUUUAGACAUUUGUAGUCUGUCUUUGAACAUUCUUGAGUUCUUUUCAUGCUGUUUCAGGAGAGUUCCUUUCAUGCUGUUUCAGGAGAGUUCUUUAAUGGUAUUUGGUUCUACAGACAUGUACAUAAAAAUAUGUUUUUUAAUAUUUGUAAAUAUAUUUUUAUUGACAUUAAUAAAUCACAGUUAUGUGAUUUUUCUGUA